GAUGGCCGUGAAAAUUGCUUGUGACAUUUCUAACGCUAUUUGAUAAUUAAAAAACCGUUGAAAGUUUUAAAAUUGUUUGGUAAAAAAUUGUUGAAUCUGAAAAUAUUUAUAUAUUGAAACUGUUAAAAUGCCGAGACGAUGUUAUGGCAGCUCAUCAGAAGAGGAUCCACCGAAGAAAAGAAAUUGUAACAAUCCAGUAAUGUCUUCCAUUAACCUAAAAUAUGGAGAAAUUUUAACAGAUAUAACUGGUAAACAGUGGAAACUAGGAAAAGUGGUUGGAGUUGGGGGCUUUGGUGAAAUUUACCAAGUCUCUGACAACUUCUUGAGCGACGUUAAGACUGAUUGUAACUAUGUGGCUAAAAUAGAAAAUCAUACAAAUGGACCAUUGUUCGUGGAAAUGAACUGCUAUUUGCGAAUAGCUAAACAGGACAUGAUUGAAAGGUGGAAGAGAGAUCAAAAACUAAAUUCUUUGGGAAUGCCACAUUAUGUAGCUUCAGGAUCCCACCUUCAUCAAGGCGAAAAAUACAGAUUUUUAAUCUUACCCAAAUUUGACAAAGAUUUGGAAAGAAUUUUGCAAGAAAAAAAGUUGUUAAAUUUAAAAACAGUUCUGACAAUAUCUUUACAAAUACUAGAUGUUCUGGAGUAUAUUCACAGUAAAGGAUAUGUCCAUUCAGAUAUAAAAGCUUCUAACAUUCUUUUAAGUAAUGCAAAAAUUUUGAAGAAAUCUGUAUCUAUUAGAACACCACCUAUUAAAUUUAGUAUUAGUAAUCCGACACGGGCCUGUCGCUUGCAGAAAAUGACAAGAACUGUUAGAAAUUUAAGGCCACAGGCACAAAUUAAUUAUGUAGACGAUAUUCCUCAUUUUGAUGAGAUUAUGGCAGUUAAUCAUCAUAAUAACAGACUAAGAAGUCCUCAGUCUAAAAAAGAUCAAGUGUACCUUCUGGAUUAUGGUUUAGCGUCUAAAUAUGUAUCGUCCGAAGGAGUGCACAAACCUUUCUGUACUGAUGAACGUAAAGCACAUGCUGGAACAAUUUUAUUUUGUUCAAGAGAUGCACAUAAAGGUGUUCCAUCAAGACGUUCGGAUUUAGAAUCUUUGGGCUAUAAUAUAAUACAUUGGAUUACUGGAAAUCUUCCUUGGUCUCGUGAUGUAGAUAAUCCAGAAAUUGUAGCAAAGAAGAAGUUACGAGCAAUGUCUAACAUAGAAUACUUCCUGAAUAGUUGUUUUACUGAAUAUCCUAGGUUUCUGAAGGACUAUUUUAAAUAUCUCCAGAAUCUACAGUUUCAGGAGAACCCCGACUACAAUUACUUGAAGAGUUUGUUCAGACAGAGUAUAAAAGAUAAUGGAUACAAGAAUGAUUCAAGUUUUGAUUUUGACAAUUCCCAAAAAGGGAAAGUAAAACCAAUAAAAAAAAGAGUUAGUGAGAAUGUUAAAGUAAGAAAAUUUAUACAUACGAUCUCUCGGCUUCCACUCCAAUCUAACAUUCCUGUGAAACCAUUAUUGAGAAAAAAAGUCAAAAAUAAAAAGAAGAAAACUAAUUGGUUUGAAGAUAUAGCUGACCCAGAAAACAUCAUGAAACAAGCCAGAGAGAAAAGAAAUGUAGAUAAUCAAGAUUCAAAUUUCGUUGUUAACAUUGCAGAAUUGAAUAUUGAAAGAUUGAAUCCAACAUAUGCAAUGCUGGAAGUUUACAAUAAAUGUAAGGAACGAAUAGAUGCUUCGCCGUCGUAUAAGGGUGACAGUUCUUUGGAAAAUAUAGAUGGUUACACCUCAGCCAUGAUGUCAGUUUUCCAAAAAAUGAAACAAAGAAAAGAACUUGAAUAUGAGGAAAUGGCUGUGAAUCUCAGUGACACCAGAAGUGGUAAAAUCUUAAGAAAAUGCAUUAAUAGUCGCAAAAAACAAUACAAGUCUCCCCUAAAACAAAUUUCUCAUGCAAAACCUUCAAAGUCUGCCGUUGUUUUGAAAAAGCAAGUUAUUCACGGACGCAAAGUAAAGAGUGCGGUAUUGAGGAGGUCCUAUAGUUUAAGAGGAUAGAUAGGCUUUAGAUAGAACUUUUGUUAAUAAUGUAUUACUUUUAAUUAAGACUGCGUUAUUGUGACUAUAAUUCGGUUGGUCGCUUUAUUUUUGUACGAAAAAUGAUAAAUUUGUGUAUGUGGUUGGAAUAAUAAAUGUCGACUAUUUUAAGUUAGUUCACACUGAGCAUUAAAAAUUUUAGUACCUCACAUGCCUAUGUUCUGCAGGGAUGUUUUCGUUCGGCAUAUGACAAAAACUUGGUGGGUAAGUAAGGUGCUAAAGUUUUUGAUUAUUAAUGGAAUAUAAUUGUGGCAAUAUUUAAUAGUUUAACCCUCCAUAUCCAAAAUAUUGUUCAGUUGAUGUUUUAAACAGCAAAUGUUCUGUGAUUUUUUUACAUGUAAAUAAAACUAAAUAAUAAA